AUGAGCGCGGGGUUUUCAAGCAGCUUUGUGUGUCAAUUGCAACGUUAUUUUUAAGCUCAACUCUUCCAUUUUAUCGUCUUAUUUUCAUCUAGAAUCGUGUAUAUUCAACAAAAAAGAGCACAACAGUAGUAUGCCAAAUUUAAAUCAGGAAAAUUUGGGGGUAGCAUCCCACAGGAGACAUGUCACAAACGUUAGAUUGACGACAGUCAACAACCAAAGCCGAACCGGCAAACCGGAUGAGAAUAAGGCCGCUCAUCGCGCCGUUGGCCCCCAUGAGCAAAGUCGGCCUGCACUGGUCGACAUCAGCUCGGUCCACAGUAACAAUGCCAUUGAAAACAUCAACCUUACACAGCAAAGACCAAAGACGAUCGUCAUUGAGGGCAACAUCGGAAGUGGAAAAUCGACGCUGCUGAAAUAUUUUGGUCAAAAGGAUGACAUUGAGGUGUUUCCAGAACCAGUUCAUAAAUGGAGGGAUAAUAAGGGACAGAAUAUGUUGGAUCUGUUAUACCAGGAUCCAAGUCGAUGGAGUUUUGCCUUUCAGUCAUAUGUACAGUUCACGAUGCUGCAGGUUCACCAAGCACAGCCUAGGCCUACAUCUAGAGUCAAGAUGAUGGAGAGAUCAAUACACAGUGGCAAAUACUGCUUCAUUGAAAAUCUCUACAAAAGUAAUAAGUUACAGACACCGGAAUACAAUGUACUGAGCGAGUGGUUUGAUUGGCUGCUAACAACAAAAGAUCUUCAUGUUGAUCACAUAGUGUACCUGCGUAGCACCCCAGAACAAUGUCAGAGGCGGAUUUGUGAGCGGAGUCGUAAGGAGGAGUCCGGAAUACCUCUGGAAUAUCUCAGAGAACUCCAUGAGAUGCAUGAGGAUUGGCUCAUCAGGAAGACAAAGUUUCAACUUCCAGCACCAGUACUGGUUCUUGAUGCGUCAAAGUCACUAGCGGAAAUGGAGCACCAAUUUAAGUAUCUUGAGGAUAAACUGGAACUUAAUGUAUGACACUUGUGUACACACUUAAAACCAAAGGUCUUAAAGGCAGUGGACACUUUUGGUAAUUACUCAAAUAAUUAUUAGUAUAAAACCUUUCUUG